AUGCAGUAUACGUUAUAUCUUACAGUACAGCUACAGCUAGCGGAACUUGGAUGGCACUUGGAUUUUCUAAUGACACCAAAAAUGACAGAUGACGAUGUCAUUGGAUGUGCUUCAAACACAAGCGGGUAUGCAGUGAAAUUCAGCGCUAACAACAAGGGCCAUUUCCCUCCAACAUUGUACACUGAUACGGAAGUGACACUAACUUCCUACAGCUCUCAGAAUGGCAUAUAUUCUUGUACAAUACAAAGACCUGUAAGUGCAUCAGCUAACGGACGCGUGGACGCAAAUACUGCAUGGACGUUAUUAUUUGCUGCAGGAAGUACUACUUUUACUCAGACUGGAGAGCCCACUAUCAGUUAUCAUGGAGGCAACCGAUUCUGGUCGACUGUACCGGUGAAAGUUACUGACACCAGCAAUGCAG